CUUUUCUUUCCCUUCCCCCAAUUCAUCGUCAUCUCCGUUGCACUGCACCUGCUUCAAUGGAAACUCUUCAAUCCAACCACACCGAUUCCCAAAUUCAGCCUUCAUGCUCCUACGAUCAGCUCGACGAUGUCCAGAAUCGCACUGAAUUGCACCCGCAAUCGCAAUCGCAAUUUGAAACCCCAGACAAAGCCCUAGAUGCAUUCAAUCAAGUUCCUCAUAAUGCUGGCGAUGGUUCCUCGGCUCUUCCCAAGCCUGAUUUCCCGAGGCCUCUCUUUUCAGGAAGCGGUUUAACUAGCGGCACCGACAAGGACUUCUCCGGCGGCGAGGAGGAGACCACCAGCCGAAGAAGGAGACGCUCCAGAUGGGAUCCGCCCCCGACCGAUUCAUCCAAUAACGAUUCCGGCGCCGCCGGUGGAACUGGCGACGGCGGCGCUGGAACUGAAGGAAGGAAACGCAAGUCGAGGUGGGCGGAUGAUGAGCCGAAGCCGGUGAUCCAAUUGCCUGAUUUCAUGAAAGACUUUACUGGAGGUAUUGAAUUCGAUCCUGAGAUUCAAGCAUUGAACAGUAGGCUACUUGAAAUUAGUCGUAAAUUGCAAUCUGGUAUGACAUUAGAUGAUCGUCCAGAGGGCGCUAGGUCGCCCUCUCCAGAACCAAUUUAUGAUAAUAUGGGAGUAAGGAUCAAUACAAGGGAAUAUCGUGCAAGAGAGAAAUUGAAUAGAGAGAGGCAAGAAAUCAUAUCACAGAUCAUUAAGAAAAAUCCAGCUUUUAAGCCUCCAGCCGAUUACAGGCCACCAAAGCUUCACAAGAAGCUAUACAUCCCUAUGAAAGAGUACCCUGGUUAUAAUUUCAUAGGGUUGAUUAUUGGUCCAAGAGGGAACACUCAGAAGAGGAUGGAAAGAGAGACGGGGGCGAAAAUUGUUAUUCGGGGCAAGGGUUCAGUGAAGGAAGGGAAGCUACUACAAAAGAGGGAUUUGAAGCCCGACCCUUCGGAGAAUGAGGAUUUGCAUGUUCUAGUGGAGGCAGACACUCAAGAGUCUCUUGAAGCUGCUGCUGGUAUGGUUCAGAAGCUCUUGCAGCCUGUUGACGAGGUUCUCAACGAGCACAAAAGGCAACAACUGAGGGAGCUUGCAGCGCUGAAUGGUACUACUAGGGAUGAAGAAUUUUGUAGGUUGUGUGGGGAGCCUGGGCAUCGGCAGUAUGCUUGCCCUUCCCGUACAUCUACAUUCAAGAGUGAUGUUUUGUGUAAGAUUUGUGGUGAUGGCGGACAUCCUACGAUUGAUUGUCCCGUGAAGAAUACUACAGGCAAGAAAAUGGAUGAUGAAUAUCAGAACUUCUUGGCGGAGCUCGGAGGGACGGUUCCCGAGGGUUUGGUCAAAUCUAGCUCUGCAACUCUGGCGCUACCAGGAAGUUCGGGAACGAAUCCUCCAUGGGCAGGUGGUACCAACACUUCUGGCAACGCUACACAAGGUGGGGCUGGGAUGAAUGUAGUCAAACCGAAAGAAUUUGAUGAGACUAAUUUAUACAUCGGCUAUUUGCCUCCCUCUAUGGAGGAUGAUGCGCUGAUUAACUUGUUCUCUGCAUUUGGUGAAAUAGUCAUGGCCAAGGUUAUCAGGGACCGAGCAACAGGCUUAAGUAAAGGUUACGGAUUUGUGAAGUUUGCUGAUGUUCAGCAGGCUAAUGGUGCCAUUGCUAGCAUGAAUGGUUACAAACUCGAGGGAAGAUCAAUUGCCGUGAGGGUAGCCGGUAAACCUCCUCAGCCUACAAUGCCGCCAGUCCCUCCUGCUCCACCCAUGCCGCCAUAUCCUGCUCCAGGCCAACCUGUGGGUGCCUACCCAUCUCAGCAGUUAAAUGCUGGUGGUCCGAUGGGAACUGCUCCCCCUGGGGUUUCUGUUCCUUUCGCACCUCCGCCUCCUCCAUUUACCUCUUAUCCCCCUCCACCUCCCCCACCUGGAUCUGCCAUGUAUCCUCCGAAUCAGGGUCAACCCGUUUAUCAAUAUGGAUCAUAUCCUCCUUCACUAAUGCCUCCAGGCACAUCUGGCGCCUCGACACAGACUGUUUCUGGUACCGACACUCCACAGAGUCAAGCCUCAUCAGGUGAAAUACAGCAAAGUUAUCCGCCUGGAGUGCAAGUACAGACUACUGUGCCUGUUCAGUCGAUUCCAACAUACGUGUAUGGCAAUGCAAUGGCUUCCAUGGCUCCAAAUAUCCAGGUUCCAUAUUCGUAUAGCUAUCCUCCUUAUUACGGCGGUGUUCCACCUCCUGCAAUGCGUCAAUCUGCUAUUGAUGCUUCCCAACCCUUGGCAAAUGUUCCUUGGGCCAAAAAUCCACCUGUUCCACCACCUCCUGCGAUGUCUCAGUCAACUAUUGAUGCUUCCCAAACCUUGACUAAUGUUCCUUGGGCCACAAAUCCACCGGUUCCUCCACCUCCAUCAUCUGCUGAAAAAAGCAAUUAUAGCACAGAAACUGAGUACGAGAAGUUCAUGGCAGAAAUGAAAUGAUAUCUUUUUAUGGUGAGAGGCUGUUUGUUGGAGCACUUGUCAUCCUGAUUUCUUAACUCUUGCCAUGAUUUACUUGUUGGAAGUUUGGGACUCACAUAAACUUGCUGUACUAUUACAUUUGCAGAGAGUUUCUGUUCGACAAGCCGCAAGUUGAACUACUGUCUUCUCACAAAUUAUUCUGUUGAUGAUGUUUUGUUUUGUAGGACUGUUACUAUCUGUUGGAUCUGCUUUGGAGUUUCAUCUUAUUUUGAUUUCUUUCGCUUUAUAUGUUUGAACUUCUAAUCCAUCAUCGCUGAUCCUAACGCUGUUGCUGUUUCUUGUGUGAUCGCCUCUUUCUGAUUCUAACACCCGUUUUCUGUUUUAAUACUUUUUCGUUCCUUGUCAUUAUGAUUAUUCAUAGCUGCUGUAGCUUCCUACACUGAGAUCGGAUCUGAUGAUUGCAUCUACAACUCCAAAAUGAAGUGAAGAACCACGUUGCAUUGUUAGGUCACAGGUUUGGUGGUAUUAUUUAAUCCGAGCUUCUAAUUAUAUAAAUUUAUUUGUUAAUCUGAUGCAUUAUCUCAGUUUACAUAUGGCAAGCAGGUGGUGUAGUUGUCCCGGGAUAAUCUAAGAUGUGUUUUGUUGAGCCUUGUGUAGAAUAAUUUUGCCUUUCUUUUUUAACUAAGUUUAGGUUCUAAUUAUUUUCUUUACUAAUUUUUCCUGAAUCAUUAGUCGCAGGGGUCGGACGAAGAGGCCUGAUAAGAAUUUAGUCGAGCUCUAGAAAGUAAUUUAGGGUCUAGGUUUAAGUUUCCUUAAUGAUGUUAUGGUGUUUAUUGAUGUCGAAAUGGAACCAAGAAAAUCUUGUUUUGGUACACAACAUCGGUCACACCAUACCUUAUGCUUUGCUUUCUUAUUUAUCAGAUCUAUGUGUGUUUAUAUUGGUUCAUUCUAAAAUAUUUUGCACAUUUCAAAUUUAUGUGAA